CCUGUGAAUGCACUGGUACAUAUUACAAAGGCAAUACUUUAAAAAUAUAAAUGUUCUCUCUCCUUCCUUGUUUGUCUUGGUUACCUUUAUAGCCUUAUCAAUGUCUUUUUGAAUCUGCAGUCAUUUUUCUUGCAGCACAAAGAGGAGGAAGAAUGAGGUGAAUCACUGAAAUCUUGAUUGAUAAGUGGGAUUUAGAAAACAAUACUUAGUCUUUUCAUAUGGAGCCAAACAUUUUUUUCCAUUAUUUAUCAGCACUCACCUAUCUGUGACUUGAAAAAGAACCCAACAGACAACAACUUUUUCUUGAUAGUGUCUGUACCUAAACUUCAGUCAAACACUUUAGCAAAAAUUCUAUGCCUUUCAAAACUAUGUCUGCUGAUUUACCUUGUUUUAGCUUUUUUUUUUAGUAUGCUGCUUUUUCUAGCGAGGCAUGCAGAUGGGCCUGGAUACUCUGUCAAUCUCUCUUGAGUGGUGCUUGAGAGUGACAAGGCUCAUCCCACUGAUUUUUUAAUGUUCUUUUUUUUCAGAAGAAUAUCUAAAUGGGAUGGUUUUUACGACUUUUAGAACUCCAUGUUCCUCAAAACAAAAGAAAUACAGAAAUAAUUAUACGAACUCACUGUGUCAGUUGCACAGGUCUAUUUAACUGUCUGAUAGCAAAGAAAAUACUCUGGGAACUGGAAAGAUUUCCCCAGACCUCUAUAUUUAAAGAAAUAUAAUCCUGGUAUCCACUUGUUUCAUCCGUCAAUACAUUCACACUCAGAAAUGUCCAUUCUCUUGCUGUAAUUUAAUGUUUGAUACAAUUUUAUUUGAUUCUUUGCCAUGCUCUGGGUUCCGGUUGUGUGCUCUCUGCUGAUCAAUGAGUAGAUACAAGAAAAGCAGACAGCAGCCGUGGAAAGCAGCCUGUCUCCAACUGGCAGACAUCCACUCUGCUUAGGAGGGUUUUCCAGAAUCUCACCAGCUGAGGUGCAGCCCCAUAAGUUUAAAUAUACUGUGAAUUUGCAAACAAAGAGCAUUCGCAUAGCGUGGUGCUUCCUGCCUAUUUUUCUUUCAUAGAAGUAAAACCUGAAUUUCAUUCAAGCCCCCUGAAUAAUGAGGAACGUUUGGAAAUGUAUUGCUUUAAGCUCUUCUACUCUGCUCCCUUUAAAGCGCAGCCCCGGGGGCACUGCUGAGGAUGGCCGGCUUGGGCCCCCUGGCCAGGCGCUGGAGCAGAUCUGUGGCACAGAUGGUCUCACUUACACCAGUGAAUGUGGGAUAUGUGCCCAUAAUGUGUCAGUCUGAUGGAAAGAACGUGCUUUCCGAGUGACAGUCCCCUAGCCCCUGGCCUCUCCCUGUUCUUUUCCAAUUUAUCCUCUUUUUCUCCCUUUUCACUCGCUGUUUGUGCUUGGAGGGAAAUCAUGAAGAUUUAGUGGAGAAAACAGUCAAAGAAAAUAGCUGGAGUGGAAAUCCAGAUGAUGCAGUAUAUUCAGAUGGCACAGGUUUGUUGACUGGUAGGAAUAUAAUAGCCAGAGACAGUAUAACCACUUCAUUGCUGGUGGUUAACUCAGAUGAACUCUCCUUCACUUGCACUAUUUGGGAGUUUUAUUUACAUUCCCAGCACCCAACCCCCUUUGGGAAAAUGGUCAUACUGUCUCUAAUAUCAGACUUUUCCUUCUUCAGGGAAGAUGGUACACCCAGAGUCUCAGGAACAGCAGUCAUCCCAGUGACUAAGAAGGCAGGCAAACUAAGAAGCAGUCUGAUCUCCCAUUGCUCUCUGUGGCAUCAUCCCAAAUAAUGUCAGUCGGAUGCUGAGCAGGCAGCAUACGAUUGGACAGAAUAUGAAAUCGAUACUGGCAAAAACUUCAAUGGAAAAUGUAGACCAAGGAAGUCUUUGUUCAGCCUUUGAGAGGCCAUCUCAUGAUCAGAGCAGGAGCAGGCAGCCUGCAGACUCAAGACAUACUUCCAACAUGACCACAGCGGGUGUUUUUGUGCUCCUCUCCUUUGUGCUUUGCUGUUUCCCAGAUGCUGCCUUUGGGGUUGAGGUGGACUGCAGUACAUACCCCAACACUACAAAUGAGGAAGGCAAAGAGGUGUUGGUCUGUGCCAAGAUCCUCAGCCCCAUCUGCGGUACCGAUGGAGUCACCUACAGCAAUGAGUGCCUGCUCUGUGCCCACAACAUAGAAAACGGAACCAAUGUUGGCAAAGAUCACGAUGGAAAAUGCAAGGAAGCUGUCCCUGUGGACUGCAGUGGGUAUCCCAACACAACAGAUGAAGAAGGUAAAGUGGUGUUGCUCUGCAACAAAGAUGUCAGCCCCGUCUGUGGUACUGAUGGGGUCACCUAUGACAACGAGUGCCUGCUGUGUGCCCAUAAUCUAGAGGCUGGAACCAGUGUUGACAAGAAGUAUGACGGUGAAUGUAAGAAGGAAGACACUACAGUUGACUGCAGUGACUACCCUAAACCCGCCUGCACACUUGAGUACUUGCCUCUCUGUGGCUCUGACAGCAAAACAUACAGCAACAGCUGUAGCUUCUGCAACGCAGUCGUGGACAGCAAUGGGACUCUCACUUUAAGCCAUUUUGGAAAAUGCUGAGUAUCAGUGCUGAGAGAAUUCACCACAGGAUGCCCACUGGCAAAUCCCAACUAAAAAUCUCACCUCAGUUCAUCUUGCCCUCUGGGGAACUCAGCUCACUCCUGAUUUUCUUUCUCAAUAAACUAAAUCAGCAACA